UCUUUCUCUCCUCCAAGCUCGGUGGGCAGGCAAAGCAAAGAGCCAUGUGCAUUCCUACCUCUAUAUUUAACAGCUGCUCUCUCUCGCUCUCGCUCUCUGGAGAGCUAAACCAGGCUCAUGGCUUUUGAAGGAGGCGUUAUGGGGGCUGUGCGGGAUUUAGGGAGGAGAGAAAGAGGCCCGGGGGUGAUCUGGUGAGCUUGGUUUGGUUUCCGAGGAAGCGGAUUUCUCUCCCGGGGGAGAGCGCCACCAUGCCCGCCUCUCAGAGCCGGGCCAGAGCCAGGGACAGGAACAAUGUCCUGAACAGAGCCGAGUUCCUGUCACUGAACCAACCCCUGAAAGGCGCCCAGGAGUCCAGGAGUUCCAGCCGGAGGCCAAACAGCCAGGCCGGCUCGGCCCCUGCCCAGAAUGAGGGAGCCAAGGAGCGGAAGCCGUCCCAGCAGCAGCUGCCCGAGGAAGACUGCAUGCAGCUGAACCCUUCCUUCAAAGGGAUCGCCUUGAGCUCGCUCCUGGCCAUUGACAUCUCGCUCUCCAAGAGGCUGGGGGUGUGCGCCAGCAACGCCUCGGCUUGGGGCAACGCCCGCUCCAUGAUCAACCUCAUCGGGAUCACCGGGCACGGGGUGCCCUGGAUCGGAGGGACGCUGGUCUGCUUGAUGAAGAGCAGCACCCUGGCCGGCCAGGAGGUCCUCAUGAACCUGCUGCUGGCCUUGUUCUUAGACAUCCUCAUUGUCGCAGGCUUACAGAAGAUGGUCAAGCGGAAGGGGCCUUAUGAUAUCAGCCCAGGCCUACUGGACUACCUGACCAUGGACAUCUACGCUUUUCCUGCUGGCCACGCCAGCCGGGCCGCCAUGGUGUCUAAGUUCUUUCUCAGCCACCUGGUCUUGGCUGUUCCACUUCGGAUCUUGCUCGUCCUCUGGGCUUUUUUGGUGGGACUUUCCCGGGUCAUGGUUGGAAGGCACCAUGUCACCGAUGUCUUCUCUGGGUUUGUGUUUGGUUACGUGCAGUUCAGGCUAGUGGAGCUUAUGUGGAUGUCCUCCAACACUUGCCAAAUGUUGAUAUCCAUGUGGUGAAUCCCAACGCCGCUGUUUGAAGACCAGAAGACACUCCCGAAAGUGUGGAGUUUUGAAAAUGGACCUGGUACAAAAACUGGCUGGAAACUAAUAUCAACUUCCAUCGUGAAAGGUGAAGGUCUGCUUGCGUCUAGCAAAAUUUCUUCUCGUAAUCUGUGGGUGCUCCAGAGCUACGCCUGGCCCCCUUUUCUUGACUCCGGAUUGGAUGACAAAUCCACGUGGCUGUAAAGAGAGACAACCAUAAGUGCUGUUGCUCUUUGUUCAUGCAGGCAGAUCACUCUCAGCGCUGCUGGAAUAUUCACACAGCCCUUCUUGUUUCACAUCAGUCAUAUAUGCAUUUGUUCUUAUGGAGGUUAGACAUUCGGAGGUGAAGCCUGGGUCUGCCACACCGGCACCACGCUUCUCAAUUCUCCAGUGCUACAUGCUCUCCCACCCCUUCUGCAUCUGCUUCCUUCCCCUCGUCAUGGGCAAUUUUAGCCCUGGGCUCUGGGGUACAAGCCCCCAGUGUUUUGCUGGAUCACUGCUGGUGGUGGUGUGGUGUUUGGUGUUUGGGUGGGCCGGAGGAACAGCCCUGCAGCCAUUUGGCUGCUCAAUGGAAAAUGCUUUCCACUCAGUUUAGCAGCCAGCUGGUGUUUGGAUUUCAAAGUGCCUGCCAGAGCCACCCUGCAUGUAAAAGCACUCCUGAGGAAGGCUGCUGGGGCUAUUUGUAAGGGUGAUUGCUGGUACCCUUGUAAUUCACCUGGGAGCUAAACACAGGUUUACAACUCACAGUGUUGCCUGGGACAAAGAUAAUUUGCUGAUUAAAAGUAAGUUUAAAUCAC